AACUUCACUCAUUCGGUGUUUGCUGUUCGUUUCGUUCGGUAGCAAUUCAGCUUGGUCGCCGGUUUCUAGCAGGACUAGAUAAGUGGUGCUGGCACAGCAGCGUACAGUGACUUCGGCCGGCGUGUCAAUGGAAACUAGUGACUGUUGUUCUAGUGCAGGACUUCCUAAGUGGAUUAUUUGCGUUACUACCGUGUGCCGUUCGUUCAGUAUAUAGUUUCUGGAGUGGGCUUUCGCACCUACCUACCUAGCCUACGGCCUAUUUUGUUGUUAGAAUCUGGAGUGGGCGAUUUAAAACAGGAAGAGCUCCGAAGAAAACAACGAUUGCAUCAGUUACUGAUGAUGAAGUUCAACUACUACCCGGAAACGGCCAAUGGAAUGGCACAAAGCGAGCAGCAGUUCCUGAAAGGUGAUAGCCAACGGCACACACCUGUGGCGAAACCGCCAAAGGCCCCGUGGCGGGAAUUUAUUUCCGAGAACAAACUAAUCCUGGUUACGUUGAGCGGUGUUAUAUUGGGCGUAUUGAUGGGAUUCAUCCUUCGCCCGUUGGCCUUGUCGGCAGACACCAUUAUGCUGAUAGCCUACCCGGGUGAGCUGUUUAUGCGUAUACUGAAGCUGAUGAUUCUUCCGCUGGUUAUUGCUAGUUUGAUCAGUGGAUCCUCCAGUUUGAAUGCUAAACUGAAUGGAAAAAUUGCCCUCCGAACGUUCGCGUAUUUCGCGCUGACCUCGUUUUUGAACGCUGUACUUGGUACAGUGUUGGUGCUGCUGAUACAUCCUGGUGAUCCGAAAGUACACGAAGCGAUAGUCGAGUUUUCGGGUGCCGGUGGGAAACCGGUCACCCUAAUGGAUAGUAUUUUGGAUUUGGGAAGGAACAUUUUCCCGGACAAUAUAUUCCAAGCGGCCAUCCAGCAGGCUCACACUGUUUAUGUGCCUAAGGAAAGUACCAAUGGAAGCUUGCCAACGUUGGCCAACACGCAGCAAACGAAGCCUACAUCUGCUCACACCACCUUCAAUUGGGAUGACGAAGAAGAGCUUAUUCGGAUAGUUGAAUAUCGGCCAGGCACGAACACGCUCGGAAUCGUUUUCUUUUGCCUUGUGUUCGGAACACUCCUGGGAACUAUCGGAAGCAAAGGCUACGUGGUGAUUCAGUUCUUCUCCGCAAUUUUCGAAGUAAUCAUGAAGAUGGUUACAGGGGUGAUGUGGCUUACUCCGAUCGGAAUUGGAAGCGUCAUAACCGGCAAAAUCUUGGCAGUUAACGACAUUAGCCUCGUUAUGACACAACUAGCUUGGUUUAUUUUUACCGUACUGUUCGGGGUGCUUCUGUAUCAGUGGGUGAUCAUACAGGCCAUUUACUUCUUUUUUCUGAGAAAGAACCCAUUUAGGUUCUACGUGGCACUUAUUCAACCGAUGUUGACUGCAUUUGCGACGGCUUCUACAGCGGCAGCACUCCCGCUUUCAUUCCGGUGCAUGAACGAAAAAUUAAAAGUGGAUUCCAGGAUCACCAGAUUCGUACUCCCGAUCGGUGCCAACAUCAACAUGGACGGUACGGCACUGUUCAUUUCAGUAUCGUCGAUCUUCAUUGCUCAGAUGAGCAGUAUGCAGCUGAACGUGGGACAGAUUAUGACGGUGGUACUGACAUCGACUGCCGCUUCGAUGAGCUCAGCCAGUAUUCCGAGUGCUGCGUUGGUGCUACUGCUGGUCGUCCUAUCGGCAAUCGAUGCUCCGAUGCAGAAUGUAACGCUACUGUUUGCGGUGGAUUGGAUUGUUGACCGCAUCCGUACGACCAACAAUUUCCUGGGUGAUUGCUACUGUGCCGUCAUCGUGGAACAUCUAUCGAAACGAGAGUUGAAGCUUGCCGAGGUAAAUGAACUCCAGCCGCAUUAUCGGGAAGACGACGAGCUUACCUUGGAUGGCGAGGGAAAAAUUCCGGGUAGACCUCGCAUUCAAGUUUAAAACCAUUAUUCUGUUUUAUUAUUUUACAAGGUAAGAUACGAAUUUCUAUAUCUUAAACAUUGAGGCUUAUUAGUACCUGUAGGGACCGACCAACUAGUGAACACACGAUUCGAUUUAAAUUUCGAUUCAGUACGGUACCAAAAUAUAAAUACCUACCUAACUAGACUAUAGCUGCACUGACUUGGUCAGUAAUUGUGAUAUUAAAAUCUGUUUAAUAGUAUUUCAAGAAGAAACAAUAUAGUUACCGAAAAGGGA